AUGGCUGAACUGUCAGCUGUCCUGAAGCGGCUGUGUAGAGUGGUGCUCUUCCUCUCACAGCUGUAUGUGUUCUCUGGGCGCGGAUCAUUGAGUUUUGAGCACUUCCAAGCUGCUGCGCAGGCACUGAAAGACCAACCCUUAUCAUCGUCUGUUCCACCUACCACCAAAGUUACAGAAGUCACACCGACUCCUGGUUAUAUAGCUAAAUGUCCAAGCAAUGACCUCUGCACCAAGUUACCUGCUGACUGUAUGACGUGCAAAACAAACCAUUCUUGUAUAUAUGGAAAACCUGUCAUUUUUGACUGUACAUCUAAACCUCAUGUUAUGUGUGUGGAUGACAACCAUCAAAGACAGGAAAAUUUCACUAUAAGCAUGACCUGUCAGUUUUGCUGGCAGCUCCCCGCGCCUUCCGAUUACGAGUGCAGUAAAUCUAAUUCCAGCAUCUGCAAGACUGUGGCCUGUCCUCGACAACGUUACAAUGCCACCUGCAGUGUAAAGGACCAUGUGCAUUGUUUAGGUAGACGUGUGUUCCCAAAGAUGUGUUAUAUUGUAACUGGACCGGGGGUUACAAAUGGUCCACGGCACUUGCACUAAGUAUCACUCUUGGAGGAUUUGGUGCUGAUCGGUUUUACUUGGGCCAGUGGAGAGAAGGACUAGGGAAGUUGUUCAGUUUUGGAGGCCUGGGAAUUUGGACUUUGAUAGAUGUGUUUUUAAUUUGUGUUGGAUAUGUUGGACCUGCAGAUGGAUCUCUUUAUAUUUAG